AUGAUCUCUCUCCCCUCUACUUUUCAUCAAUCAUACACAAUAAAGUGGUCAGACACUUCUUUGUCUUUCUUUCUGCAUAAGCUGAUAAUAGCGUAUUCUAGGUGCAUCAUUGUCCCUCUCUCUAGAGACGGCAUUCACCCUUCCGAAUUUUUAAAGCUUAUACAACAUGGCUGCUCUUGCAGAAUUUCCAUCCGUUCUUCAACAAAAACAAAAAGACGAUCAAACACAUUUUGAUAAUCAUAACAAUCAUCACGAUCUCUCAUCAACACAAGGAGCAAAAGCAUACAGAGAACAUUUAGCAGAGAUACAGAGACGAUCACAGCUUCACUCAGCCUUAUCAAACGAUUCAUCAUUGUUUGCAUCCUCGCAUAAAGGUCUUUCCCAAGCAGAGAUGAUGGCUGCACAACAACAUUUAGGUUUCUCGCCCAUUCAACAAAUCAAAUCAGAAAGAAGUUUAGACGAUAGCGGAAUGAUUUCACCACAAGAUCAAACGCAAUGGCAAGAUGACCAGGAACAAUUCCUAAGAAAUCUGUUAUCGACACCGUUGGAGGACGUAUCCCACUCCAUGUCAAGCACAAGUGGCGCAAGUUUCCACUCACAAUCCCCUCCACAACCAAAUCCGGGAAGCAUUUCCGGUGACGACGCAGGAAGAUACAGCAGUCUCAGUCCAGUCAGUUCAACGGGUUACCAAAGCUUGCACGACUUCAUUCACGGUGGAAGUAUAAGCAGUAGUAGUACUGCAAGUGGCAACGGAAUGCCUUUUGGAGGAUUCCCCACUCCACCCGACGGAGAUGCAAAAGGAUCUGCAUUACACUUGUCACAUUUAAAGCAGGAUCCAAUGUCGAAUCAAUACGACUAUGCACAAGGACAACAUCCUGGAUUGAUGGAUGCAGGAGCGAUAAACUUUUUCAUGAAUACGAUCGCCAAUCAAAACGGACAACAAAUUCAAGAUCAACAAAAGUUCACCAGUCAAGUCCCGCCACACAUCAUGGCACAACACAUGGCAAUGCACGGCAACCACAACAUUUCCCUUCCAAUGAACAUCAAUGGAACAAUGAAUGCUAACUCACAAAUGCCGAUGCAAUCUUUCGCAUCCGACAAUCAACAAUUCAAUUUCCAAGCGCCAGGUGGAAUGCAAUCCAACUUUAACGGUUUACUCAACCAACAAGCACAGAUGCAACAAUAUCCAAUGGAUCCCUCUACCGAUCCAAGAAAGCGAUCGGCACCAAUGCCUUCGACAUCCAAUGAUGCACUCUUGCACGAGCAAAUGCAAACAAACGCUCAACCAAACAACAAGAGACCAAGAAAGUUGUCCGCCAAAGAAGCUGCAGCACAACAACAUCAGCAACAGCAGCAGCAGUCUUCUGUACCAUUGUACGGUGCAAUGCAUGGUGCAACAUCAUUCAUGCCUCGAAUGGAAGUUGGAAGUAACGCAACAGCUUUGGCAGCCAUUGAACGAUUAAAGGCAAAGAAACGUGCAGAACAAGAAAUGAAGGCACAAAACGCAAAAUUGGAAGAACAACACAAAUCCAACAGAAUGAAUGCAGGUAUGAUGAACAAUGGUAUCGGAUCUUCCUCGAAUGGCAUGCCGAUCAUCAAAAGCGAAAAGAAAGUCGCGCACAAUGCAAUCGAACGUCGUUACAGAAAUAACAUCAACGCACGUAUUGCCGCACUCAGAAAUGCUGUUCCCGCCCUUCAUGAAUUGCGACCUAAACGUCCCACCAGAAGAGGCAAAGAAGCACCUCCAGAAGAUCUCGUGGAUGGUGUUCCAGCUGCAACAAAGUUGAACAAGGCGACAAUCUUGGGUAAAGCAACCGAGUACAUUCGCUACUUGAAAGGACGUGAAACCAGAUUGGUGUCUGAAGUGGCAGGGUUACGUGAAUUGAUCAGAAGUUUGGAAGGAGGUGAAGAAUUGUUGGACUUGUGGCAAGGUGAAAUGGAACGUGUUGUUGCUGAACAAGAAGCAAUUGCCCGCGCUGCAUUCGCUCUUGAAGAUGACAGUCUAGACAUCGGAGACGAUGAAGACGAAGAGGAUGACGAAGACGACAUGGAACCACACAAAAUCUCUCGUUCUCCUGCUUCAAACAGAUCCUCAUCUUCACGGUAUAUGAUGGGUAUCUUUAUGGGCUUCAGCAUUCUUGGAGGUGGAGCAGAAGUGUUGCACAACGAGAAUGCAGCCUCAACAAGCACAUCCUACUCUCCCGCUGGUCAUGCUCAUCACGUUCUACGUGCUUCAAGCGGUAGAGUUAUUGGUGCAAGUCAUCAAUUACUCAAACGUGGUAUGCAAGCAACCAAUGUCAAGUUCGGAACGCUUGCACAUGAACCACAUCACUUUGACCAUGUACCUCAUCAUCUUUUGAUCGUUGAAGUUUUGCGUGGUGCAACAUUGAUUGCAUGCCUUGUCUUCAUCUUCUGGCCAUUGAUCUCCAGCUUCUUGCCAAGACAAGAGCCUGAAAAGCCCAUGAAGAGACGUCGUCAAUCGAACAAGCCUGUCUUUAUCCAAGAAAACGAGGCUUCAAUCGCUCUAGAACGCAAGAAGAUGUUGAUGAUACUAGCUGAUUCGGCUUCUAGCCCUCAUCAGGUGGACCUUGCUAUGCGCAAAUUCGUUCGUGCUCCAAACGGAGUGGUCAGCAGCACAUUGAGCCUGGUAACUCUGAGCGUGAAGGAAAUUCUCCAUCGUUCGGGUUUGUCACCACGGGUCAAACGUUCUCAUGAUGAAGAACGUGCAGCAAUCUGGUCAAGACUCUUAGAGUUGGAAACAAGCUUGGGUCCUUUGGCACAAAGAAGUCUUCUUGCACGAAUGCAUACGCUUCUCACGGUUUCAACAUCUUCUUUCGUUGGAUUUGGCACACAAUCCGGUUUACCUCUCUUGCAUCCUGCACGUGUGUAUGGUACUUUGGCUAUUGCUUUGGUUCGUGCUUCCAGCUCAAAUGCGAUUGUCACAUCUUUCGCUGAUCGUUAUUGGACAAUGGCAAGAAGAUGUCGUCUCUUGGCUGCAGAUGGAGGUGUGGAUGAAAACAAUGUGACUCAAGUGACCGAUCGAUGGUUAGAUCCCGUUUUGGAAUUAUCCCUCGUCGAUGCUGUUUCUCUUUGCCCAAUUCCAACACAAAUCGCUUCAUUCUUUUCUCAACACAGCGAUUCAAACACCCGUGCAACCAUGGUUUCUCCAUUGCUUUGCAUUGCUGCAAGUCAACAUAGCAAACAAUUGGCCACCAUCUGGAGUACGUUAUUGUGCCAAAUUGCGAAGACCACAUGCCCAAGCAACUCUGUCUCAAGUGAGCAAGGCGAUGAUCAUUCUCGCUCUCCUACCUGCGCUGAUUUCGUCAAACAUCAUGCAGGCGUCAAGAUUGCUUUACCAAUCCUGAACGAUUUAGGUGACCGUGAUCGAUUGACCAGUCAAAUCACACGAUUAACAUUAACUGCACCACGUUGUCCACGAUUGCAAAUCAUUUGCAAUGUCACUUUUGGUACUUGGGCUUUGUUGUUGGGCAAUGGAUCAGUAGCAAAAGAUGUUGCUGUUGCGCUUGCGCGAACAGGAGAAGAAGAAGUACUUGCAAUGCCUGCCUGUGCAAAAGCUUUCAUCGCUUUGGUAUUAGGUGGAGGAGUGCUACCACAAAAAGGCAAAGGAGAAGACGGCGAAGUCGAAAUUGCUGAUAUCUUACAGAAAUCUUUGUCUGUUGGCGCUGUGCCAAUGAAUGAAGCAGAUGCUUUGGCGGCUGCAACACUUUCAUGGCUCUCCUUCUUGCGUACUCUCUCAACAUACUUGUCUGAAGACUCCACAAAGACAGACGGUAACAAGAUUGCUCAAAGUACGAUUUCCAUUCGUCGAUUAUUGGCAAGUGCACGUGCUUGUCGACCAAUCUUGACAGAAGAAUCUUUGAUCGAAUUGAGAGAUGCAAGUCCAGUGUAUGCAAAACAAUAUCCAUCAGGCCAUCGUGAUAGCUUGGCAUCAACAUUGUCUACCGCUCCUUCUGUGACGGUGAGCGAAGCAGGUUCGAUAACGAACGAAUACACUGCCAAACUUGCCGCUCAACAUAAUUUCGAUGAUGCUUUGGACACUUUGACGGAUAUCUUGGCAGUUUUGGGUAAGCGAGCUGCAAGCGGAGGUGAAUUCUCCAAAGAGAAGCUCUUGCAACCUGAUGAGAAUGUCGAUUCUGGUGUCGAAUGGACACUGUGAGGGCAUUUUCUAGUUCUAAAUCAUUCAUCAUUUUCUGCUUUUCUGAUGUUGAUACCAUCUUAUAAUUGUACAUAUGUAGAUAUAUUUUCGAUACGUUUGCAGAAGGAAAUAAUAUUUGUUUUUUUGUCAUCACGAGGUUUACU